CAGAAUCCCGUCAUCAUUCUGUUGCAAUCGGUGAGAGCAGGCAGCCAGAGCGAGAGCAGGACGGCAAUGGGCUCUAAUCUCCAUCUCAUCCUUCUGUCUCUCUGUGUCGCGAUGAUAAAGGGAAAGGGAUUCACAGUGAACCAACCGGAUCGAUUGGAGGCUGUGGAAGGGGGAUCGAUCGAGAUCCCGUGUACAUUCACUUACCCAGACAGUUACAGACCCCCACGGAUCAACAUCUUCUGGAGAAGAUCGGAGUUUCACGGGGAAUUUAUCUUCAAUUUGUCACGGGGAUACACUCACCCUAUAUACCGAGGGCGAAUUGACUUCCUGGGAUCACCGGACACGGGGAGGACAGGAACCAUCCGGAUAAAGAAGCUGGGAUUGCGGGAUACAAACCGUUAUUUCUGUCGGGUGGCUAUAACAGGAAAUAAGAGUGAGGCCUGGCAAAGCAUCCCAGGGACCCGCCUCACUGUCCGAGCACGGCAACCGACUACUUCCAAUCCCACGGUGAAAACCAGCACCAUUUCCACAACCACACUCACUACCAAUCGAAGAAAGUUGGCCUGGAUUCUAGGGAUUGCGGUUGCCACGGUGAUUGUGCUCCUCAUUUCCGUGGCGAUAGCAGUGACUUUCUAUGUCCGCAAGAAGAAAGAUCAGCAGCGAGGUAACUUCAGGAAAGGGAGCGUGCACAAUGGUCUAGCCCUGGACAGCUCCCCAGCGAAGGACGAGGGUCUAUCCCAGGAAGGCCCUGGCACCCAGUACCGAGCUGACACGGAGUCCACUGGUGAGUUCGUCCACCCAGAAGGGAUUGUCUACGCUUCUCUACAGGCCGGAAGAGGAGGACAAGGCCCGACGACCAGGAGCAAGGCCCCACGAGGGGAGGGGGACAUUCUGUACGCGGCCGUACGGUUUCAAUCGCAGUCUUCAUAGUUUUAGCCCCCUCCCCCUUUCCCCCCACCUCUUUUCUCCUUGCCCCACAAGAGCACCGAGGCCCACAGGUCAGAGAAAGGCCUGGAUCCUGCCAGCCUGAAGUAGGCCUCUCUCCGUCACUGCGGACCAGGUCCAUUCGACCUCCGUUGGGUGCUCCCCAUUUGCACCCCCCACCCACACCUUGGAUGCCUUUAUACAAAAUAAAGCAGUAAACACGACCGGGCCUCAUCCUCCAGCGACCACACCCACCGCAACCCCCUUCCCACCACCCCCGCCAUCUCCGGGGGGGGGGGGUCAGAAACCCAGUUCAAAUCACUCCAUUGCUUCUAGAACAAAGAACAAACGAGAAGUGCAGCUCAAGGAGAGGCCCUUCGGCCCUCCAAACCAUUCCUGGCCCUCAUGCCCUAACUGAAACCUUCUGCCCUUAUUUGGUGCCCUAUCCCUCUAUUCCCUUCUCAUCCACGGAACCAUCCACAUGCCUCUAAUUUCAGAGUUUACAAACUACCCCUUGAUGAUUGACAAAAUGGUGACCAGGGAUGGCGGGGGGAGGCUUGUCACUUUUUUUUGUUCAAUAAAAAUACCCUCAGCCCUUUAGAGGGGCAACGCAAUUUCAAAGCCUGACACCACCCUACCCCCUCUCCCCGCCACCCCCUCCACCCCGGCCAAAGUGACUCCAACCCCUCAUCCUGACACUCUCUGUCUUUCCUUCACCGACAUUCAGGGUGCCACCCCGCACCACCCCCACCCCCACCCCCCCAACCUCGAGUUCGUCAAUAAACGGCAAAGUGCCAACGUCGCGUUUUCAUUUGUGUAGCCCCCGUUUUUCUUGCAAAUCGCUCUCCCAAGGGACUUGGGAGUGAAGUGUUUGUUGCGAAGGGUGGUCGCUUCUCCCUGUGGGGAGUGUGGGAACUGGGCCCCAUCUGUUGGCAAUUCCCACGAGCAGGAAAUUUAUAAAUAAGCAGGUAAUUUAGUGACUGGGCUACAAGUAUUGUCACGUGACUUUGCCCUGCCUAAAAAUAUUUGCUGUAAUCUCAUUUACAAAGACAUUUAUGGAGUCACGCAGUAUGGAAACAAACUCUUUAGCCCAACCCGUCCAUUUUUCCUAAAAUAAACCAUGUUUC